AUUGUAGUACACACACAGUAUUAUCCCUUAUAUCAGGGAGCAGGUCUGCACUCUGUUGUGCACAUGAUAAUUUUGUUACUCUCCGAAAUCAUUUUUAGUCCGACCGACAGUUGAUCCGUACAGUUAUAAUCCAGUUCCGUAAACUUGUGAUAAGAAAUCAAAAGGAUAUUGUUAUGUCCUUGAGUGUUUUUAUCUAAUUAUUUAAUUUGCAAGCUAAGUGGAAUCAUAUCAUCGUGCGGUAUUUUCUUGUGAUUGUGUUGUGGAUUCUAUGGUAUAUACAGAAGAGAAAAAGGGAUACAUUUUAUGUAUAAUAAAAUUGUGAAUGCAAAGAUAAUGAAUGAUCGAAGUGGAUAAGAAGAAUUUUGUUGAAAUUUUAUUUUCCUGAAAUUUACAUCUUUCGGUUGAUCGAUUUGUAUGUGGACGUCUGGAUUAACUUGUGGUUAACUUGUGAGAGAUAUGACACGUAGUGAUGUUGAUGGGAAAAUGUUAAUUUCGAUCGGGAUCUGAAGAAUUAGUAGAACAAAUAAAGAGGGCUCGUCUUUGCUACGGUGGAAAAUUGUGUGAAUAUUUCAAAAUAAAAUUAACCAAAACAGCUUCAAACUGUAUCUACCACCGGACCUAACAGCGUCAUUGGAUAAUAGCCUGACAUUAUCCCAAAAGCAGCAGCUAUUCGGCACCAAAUUGGAUUUCAAAAAUAAUUGCAUCGGAGCCGGGGGUGGCAGUAGUGGCUGUGCUUCGACCACCGGCGGUCAAAAUCUUUGCAUCAGUUCGUCGAGUCCGGACUCACAACAAUUCAAUAUUUUCCCAGCUAUUUUUAGUCGUCAAUUAAAUUUUACAGCGGGUUCGGGCGGUCAAGGUAAAUUAAUGGAUGAACUACGACCGAAUUUGGUUGGUGGACUGUUAGGUUUACAGCAAGGACUGCUCGAAGAUCAUGCUUUGUCUCAUGGUAACCUGCAGCAUAGUAGUCAGGAUACGAAAUUUAUGUCGCUGCAAGACAACCGCUUAAUGGGAAUAUCGACGCAUGAAAAUCGCCUUUUAGGAUUAUCACAAGAUGUUCGAUCGUCGGUUAGUACGGAUAACAAAAAUUCCGGCCAACGUAAAUGUAGUAAUACGCCAGAGGAUUUCAGUGCAUUAUAUGGAGGACUAUCGACAUCUGGAAUUGGUGAUACAUCAUCGCAUCAUCAUACUCCAGCACACACGCCUCCAUCACGAUUAGGCGAUCAUUCGAUAACAGCGGAAGGUGCAUUUAAGAAACUAAAGCCUGAACCAAAUAGUGGACUUUCGUCCGUUUCCGGUGGUGUAUCUUCGCCCGGAAGUGGAGUCUCCUCGUUACCUCAACAUGCCGGACACACACCAACCACAGCUUCAUGUCCAACUCCAGCUAGAAGAAGGCAUCGGACAACGUUUACUCAGGAACAGUUAGCUGAAUUGGAAGCUGCAUUCGCAAAGUCACAUUAUCCUGAUAUAUAUUGUAGAGAAGAACUAGCACGAACAACUAAAUUAAACGAAGCGAGAAUACAAGUCUGGUUUCAAAAUAGACGAGCAAAAUAUCGAAAACAGGAAAAGCAACUUCAAAAAGCAUUAGCACCAUCGGUAAUCCCAUCAUGUAAUGGAAUGAUGCGAAAUAUACAGGGAUACAGCGUCUCACGGGGAUACCAACCUUAUCCACACCCAAAUUCAAUAAAUAGAUAUCCGCAGGAUCUUUUUCAAAUGGGAGCAACAUCGUAUCCCGGAAUGACGCAACCGUUUUCGAUGAGUCAUAGUUCUAAUAUGGGUUCAGUUGGUGUUCGACAAGACUCUAUGGGGAUGUCCGCUGAAGAUGAAUGGUAUAAUAAAAGCUUAUCGGCGCUCCGAAUGAACAGUUCACAUCAUCCAAAUUUGUCGGCACCGAUGCUACAAUAUCAAACAUAAUUAAAAAUGGAAAAUCAGAGAAAUGAUAGCCACAAUGAAGAGAAUUUAUAAAACAGCCAAACGACAAACAAACUACAAAAUGCAAAAUAAUUCGUUGUACGAAAAUUGUUUAUUUUUUUAUCAAGCAUGUUAGGGAAAAUAGGAAUUUUGUGAUUGGAAUUUCAAAUUGACGAGAAUUUUCGUUUUUUUUAUUUUGCUUCUGUUUUUCAAUCUAAAAAUUUUAAUUAUUAUUCGUUCGUGUGGAUGCACUGCUUGAAUGGGUCAUGGCAUUGAGAGAAGAUUUUGUUUUCAGUUAAAUCGAUCGAUUUUAUCUUUACAAUGCUAAUACAGUCCGACAUUUACCAAUGGAUUGU